AUGUCAAGGAAAAGAAAAUAUGUGGUGUACCGCGAUGAAUCCGACUCAGACGACCAUGCAACAACAGCCUAUGCCAGGAUGAUAGCAGUGUCAGCCAGUGGCCGCAGACAAAUCAUUAUACCUUGCUCCCCGACAAAAUUCAAGGCGGGUGAUGGGCUGGAAGACCAACUUGAGCCCCUGCAAAUGGACAAUUGGGAGCCAACCCUUGGCGAUGACUUUGUAUUCGACGACGAGAUUGAGCCCCAACCUGUCAUGGUGGUCAAGGUACCAGCAAAACGCUAUGCAAAAUCGGAUGCACCUUUGCAUGAAUGGAUGGGCGUCAACGAGCGUGUCGGAUUCCGUGAAGAAUAUCUCCUUGAAGAGCUACGUCUGGAGGGCCGUGGUAGCUUAACAACAACACCAUGCUCAUGCAGCAAUAUCAAUAAUAAUAUUAUACAAGAACACCUGUACCGCUGUGAAGAUUGCUAUGGACCAGAAAUUUUGUGCAAGUCUUGUUGUUUAUUAAAACAUGCACGUCAUCCUUUACAUAUCAUUUAUAAAUGGAAUGGGACUUAUUUUGAGCGUAGUUCCUUGGCCGACAUGGGCCUUAGGGUUCAACUAGGACACGAAGGAAUGCCAUGUUUGCGUUCACAAAGAGGGCAUAUUUCUUUUGUCAUGAUUCACACCAAUGCAAUCCACCGAGUAAACAUCGAUUUCUGUGGGUGCCAUCAACAAGUUUCUCAUCGCCAGCAAUUGUUAUGUUGCGAAUGGUAUCCGGCCACGCCACAUUUUCCUCAGAGUGCCUGCACAAGACGGGUUCUGGAGUUCUUUCUCAUUUUGGCGUGGUCAAGCAAAUUAUCUGGCUACGAGUUCUACACUAGUCUCGAACGACUCACUGACAACACGGGUUUGAAUGUACCUAAGUCUCGGUAUAAAGAAUUUAUGAGAAUAGUUCGUCAAUUUCACCAUAUCAAACUAAUGAAGCGAGCUGGCCGUGGUAAUAUAACUGGUGGUAUCUACGAUACUGAGCCUGGUGCAUUAGCCAUCAAGUGUCCUGCUUGUCCGCAACCUGGCGUAAACCUGCCGGAGGACUGGGACAAAGUGGAGGGAUCAAUGAACAUUGCUGAUCCUGGGCUACACACGGGUCUUGCAUACUUUGUUCCUGACAAAUUUUACACAGAACACAUACUCAAGAAUGCAAGUCAAGCCGAUAUUAGUACUUGUUCGGGUUUCAAGACAUUGGCACACGCUGAAUCCAGGCACUCCAAUGGGUUGCGAUCGACUGGUGUUGGCUUAUGUCUUUGCGCACACCAUGAACUUGUUCGACCUCGAGGAGUUGGAGACCUUCAAAAGGGCGAAAGAUAUGCUAAUAUGGAUUUCAUCUUCUUCUCAUCCAUCAUGCCUCUCCUCCUCCUCACCGUUGUCAUAUCUUAUGACAUCGCUUGCCAGUGGAAGCUCAAUCUCAUGAAGAGAAUGAAUGAGCUCCCUGAACACCUUCGGAUGCCAGCGGCUGUUGCCCUCGUGGCAUUUAUGUUUGGAAUCCUGAAGUUUCACUGCCCUGUGCACAAGGAAAAAUGUGCGAUUCCGCAUUCCUUGAACCUCAUGCCAGGCGUAGGACGGACUGAUGGCGAGGGAAUUGAAUGCAACUGGGCAGAGAUGAAUCGUGUCGCCAACAGCACGAAGGAAAUGGGCACUGGUUAUCGACAUGAUGUCCUCGAUGACCAUUUUGGACAUCACAACUGGCGCAAGUAUGCUGGACUAGGACUCUCACUACGGAAAAAACUGCUAAAUGCUGUCAAGGAACAGGGUCGUCACCAAUCGUUUUUGCGUGACUUUAAUUUAGUGAUUGACGAUGUGCAUCAAGGAGAAUGGACUGCGAUGAUCGAGGCUUGGGAAUGCGACAAAUCAAGUCCGAAUCCAUACAUGCACAUCAAAAUUAGCCUUUCAGAAGCACAAAUACAUGCUAAUCUUACGGACGAUGAGAAGAUUUCUAUCAGUAAUGGGUGUCAACUUCUGCACGAAGUUACUCCUAGUUCUUUCAUCAAUAUGGGCCUGGUUCUGGAAGAUGCACAGCGACAAAUCAAAUAUGAUCUCACAAGAUCUCUCAGUGCGAAUGGGCAUGCCGAACUUAACCAACGUCGGAUCACACUACAACAACAGCUAGCCCGCUUUCGCAUCAUACAGCGGGUAUAUAUGGUAGGCAUCAAAGGCUGGAUUGAAGAGCAAGACAUGAACUCGUCUGAGGAAGUUGAGGAUGAAUCACUCUGGCUGCCGUUGACACUCCCUCCAAGUGAUCGAGACUUACUAUGUACCAACAAUAUUGCUCACAUCGAGGCUGAGUUGCGCAAGGGACAGUGUUGCGAUUCACUCGAUAAGUUGCACAGGCAACUACAUACUAAAUCCCAUUUUGUCAAGCACCGCAAUCUCAAUUUACGCGGACAACAAGCCAACACUUGCGCAAAUUCCUCUCUCGCUCGGUUGAACAGCAAAAUCAAUGCUGCCACAGAAAAAUACUGUCUCGCUUGGUCAGCAUUGCUAAAACUGGUUGGGAUCAGCGAGUUGGACAGGGAAUUUCAAUCCCUAGAGGCAAAGGACAUUGUGGCACCUGUCGACACAGUGUCGGGUGUGAGGAGUACUACAGGAAUGCGCGGAAGGAGAGACACAUUGCGUGGAUUAGGGCAGGGGUAUCAGACGACAUUGUGGAUUUGGUCUGUUUUGGGAGUUCGCGAUCACGAAAGUGAUGCGGGUCUGAAUGAUGUGUUGCAUGUAGAAUGGGCCAAGUCUUGUGCCCAGGUGUUACUCCUCAAGGAGGAAAUGCGGCGAACACAACAAUUUCUCGGAUGGCAUGCAGAACAGUGGCAAUCUAUCACUGACCUGUCACACAAGGACAUGCAGAUCAUGGCUGGCGCCAUCGCAUAUGCUCACAGGCAGGCUGCAGUUCAGCAUGCACUACUGUCUCGUUUCACUUUUCUCUGGACCAAUGGAGCUGCCGCGGACAUCACAGCCGCUAUGGAUGAGUUGGCUGAAGAUUUUGCCAGGGAUGAGGUUAAUUUUGAUGAUGAUGAGGGGUAG